AUGCGGGGAUUCGCGGACGUGGUGGAGGCGGCGGCGGCGGGUCGAGAGGCGAGGCGAGGCGUAACCGUUUCGCCGGAGGACGCGGCCAAAGCGGAAGCGACGACGACGACGGCGACGACGACGACGGCGGCGAAACGAACGCCGCGGGAGAUCAUACUGCAGCGAAGUCUCGCCAUGCGGCGCGGACGUCUCGAUGGGGACGUCGAAUCGACGAAAGCGCGGGCGGCGACGGAGGAGGUCUUCAAGCUCAAGAAACGCGAGACGAAUGACGUGGAGGAGGAAGUAUUGAAAAUAUUGCGCGAUGUGGUGGAAGAGACCAGAGAUGAACGCGCUCGUAGUAGUAGAAGUAGUGGGAACGAAGGGACGGCGAUGAUGACGGCGACAGCGGCGGCGGGCGGAGCGACGAUUGCGCCGGCGCCGACGCCGACGCCGAACGAGAGUGAGAGAGCAAAGAACAAGUCGAGCAUCGGGAUCGCGGUAGUCAUCAUCUCUGCGCUGAUCGGCGUUUUGUGCGGAUGCACACUGACACUCGCGCCCACCUCGGGCGUCGCCGACGCGGUCGUAUCACCUCCAGCGGUAACGCCCAGCGCGACGUUUGAUCUCGCCGGAGCGGAUCUCGACGCGUCCUUGAUGGCUCAGUUAGACCGUGCUAGAUUGGUUCACGACGCCUUGACUGACGAAUCUCACCGUAAGCGGAUUCGAGUCGCUGCGAAGCGCGCAUCUCUGGCGCGUCGUGCCGCCGCUGAGCGCAUUGCCGCGAGCGUCGGCGGCGAAGCCGAUCCAGCUGGCGAGCAAAUCCAACUCGCCGAAUCGACGUGUCGAGCCGUGCGCGCCUUCUCCGAGCUUCACCGCGCGAUAGACGACCCCACACCGAGUUGUGAUAAAAAUUUCAUGGUCGCUCUCGACGUCGUUGUCGCGCGCGCGACGUGGGAACUUCAAACCAUGCCUCGCGCCACGAAACGUAAGCGCACCGCGCCACGCGCGAAACCCACGAAACCCGCGAAAGAGGACAACAUCGACGCGUCCGCGCGCAAGCGUCGUCGCACGACGAAGAAGCCACCGCGCGCAGACGAAAACCGGGGUUCUUACUUGCCGAACGAUGUAUGGAGCAUCAUCUUGGACAAACUCGUGCACCAGGCGUUUGGCCCGAUCAAGCGCACGGUUUUCGAGGGUCCCGCGGACGUCCCCGUGGCGCGUGAAGUCGAUCGAAGCGCGACUGUGUUUAAAGCUCGAGCCAAGGCGCUGCUCGCGCUUCGAUGCGUGAAUAAACAGUUGCGCGCGCUUCUCGGAAGCGACUUUGGCGAGACGCUGUACGCGACGUGCAACGAGAGAGCGCGACAUUACACGGAUGUGCUCGAUAGCCGCGAUCUUCGCCCUGCGAGUAUGCUUGAGCGACAUAUGUGUUAUUUCGCGCACACGACUGGAUGCCAGAAGUGCGACAAGCACCGGACCAUGCGAAAGCCAAAUUUUACAUUUGGCGUUCGCAUGUGCAAGGAAUGCUUACGGAAACGCACGGUCAUCGAUCGCGAGUUAGAAAAUGAGUAUUCGCUCUGGGCUUACUUGAACGAAAUCUUCGCACGAUUACCGCACGAUGUCGUCAAGGGAUGGUCUGCGUACUACAAGGAAGAGUACUACAUGAAAAGGCUCUGGCGCGCGAGCGUGGCGAAUCUCGUCGACGAGCUCCGUCGUCCAAAGGCCGCGCCCGCCGCGCAUGAAACCGCCCGCGCGAAGGCCAAGUCCGCCAAGACGCGCGCGCGCGCGCUCACGGACGACCAAAAGCGCGCCGAGCGUAAGGCGACGAUCGACGCAAUCUUGGCUCCGCUCGCGAAGCCCGGCGUCGAUUUCGCGCGCAGCGCGCUCUACCGCGCGCAAAUCGCCGUCCCGCGGCUCCUCGCCUCCGUCGACGCCUUCGCCUGGCGCCACGCCCCGCACAUUCUCGACGAGCUCGCGAGCGACGCCUCGCCGUCCGACGCCGACGCGUGA